AUGUUUUACAGUAACCAAAUCUUAACCAGCACGCAGUAUGGCGUGUCUACGAUCUGGCUUGUCGCAACAGUCGGAAAAUCGAACCAAAAGCGCGUCAACAAAAGGGCAAUUCAAGAUGUCAACGUCCCUCGCGCCUGCGGCAAGAUCCUCGAUCCUGGCGCUCCUCUCGCUCUGCGCCUCCAGGGCAACCUGUUGUAUGGUGUCUCGAAGGUCUUUGCCGACCAAUGCGGUUACCUGCUUUCCGACACGGAGAAGACUCAAAGCGACAUGAUGACUUUCUUCCGCGCCAUGAAGUCAAGUCACCUUGAUCUACCAAGCACCAAGACUAAGCGCGUGAGCAUUACUCUACAAGACGACCCGAACUUUGAUCCGAUGAGCCAGCUGCCGCCACUGGAUCUAGGCAUAAUUGACACCGACUGGCUUGCGAUUCCGAGCCAGGGCUCUGCAACAAAGUUCUCCCAGAUGUCUCCGCUACAGGCCUAUACAAGCAGAAGGGGUUCUGUCAACCGCCAUACUUCGCUCAUAAAUCUCGAACUCCCGCCAUCCUCCCACUCCCCGGGAAGCUACCGGCUGCCUGCACACCUUGGCCAGAGCAGCUCCCCCUAUGCAAAGCUCGGCGAUGAUUUUGACGACAGGCCCGCCUUCAUCCCUACGCAGGACGACGAAUUUGACGCCAUCGCAGGCAUCGGUCUGAACUUUGACGGCGAAGGCAAUCUGAUUGAGGCAAUCGAGGAAGAGCCGGAGCUGCCCCCAUUCUUUGGCGACAUGCCUUCCAACGUCUCCAUGCCCGCCUCGGGCGCCCAGCCGCUGCAGCCCCUUGAUGACUUCCUUAUGAUGAAUGAGGAGCAGGCACUCCCCGAAGCAGAGGCUUUCCCAGCAGCAGCAACGCAGGCUGCUUCAAACGAGAACGACCGGAUAGUAGUGUUGUCUGACGAGAACGGCACCCUGACUACGACUGAAACGGUUCAGCAGGCCGCGCACGCGAAACGCCGCAGAGUCGCCAGAAAUGUUUCCAUGAUUGACGAGGUAAUUUCCCUGCCGCGUAGCCAGCAGAAGCACUGGCUCAAUCAUUACGCCGACAUCAUGGCCAGCGAGACUAAGCGCCAGGACGGCACCACAGCUGCGCAGGCGAAGAAGAAUGCCCUCGCCUUUGUCCUGCAGAACGACCUCGCCGAGGUUGGCCUCUCGUUCCGCGCGACCGGCGUGGUUCAUCCCCUCGCCAACACCUUCAGCGGAUGGAAUGUCCUCUCGCAGUUAAACCCGGAAGCAUUUGGCCAGCCCGAGCCCGAGACGCCUCGUCGAACUUCGCGCCGCCGCAAGUCCGAGGAGGCCUUUGGCGACGAGGAUCCUGCUGCCCAGGAGCAGCAGCAGCAACGUAACCUCCGUCCCCGUCACGACCUUGACGAUCCUGCUGAAACGGGCCGCGGUCAGCAAGCUGGUGAGACUAUGGCACCGCCCCCGCCGCCAGCCUUCCCCAGCCAAGAUGACUCCUAUUUCGAGAUGGGCAUGGACGCGCUCCCCGCCAUGGCCGACCAGCACUCCUCCUCCAUCAUGCCCUGGAGCAGGCCCGGCUCCGCUGCGCCUGGUUCUUCCAUCCGCGGCGGCGGAGCGGCCGCCCCCGGCAGUGCACAGAAUACGGCCCCAAGCCCUCUUCUGCACAGGAGCACCAACCUCGUUGCCGGCCUCGACCGCCACAGCGACCCUGUCGUCCCCGCAACGCCAUCCCAGGUGACGCUCGAGCUAUCCGCGCUCGACUCGUUGUUCAUGGACAUGGAUGCGGUGAUCAAUUUUGACGAUGCCGUGUACGCUGGCCUCGACGCUGCGAGCCGCGGGUUCCUCGACUACGCCUCCAAGCGCGCUGUCCUGCACGGCGAGGACGGGGAGAGCCAGCAGGCUGGAGAUCGCCGUCGCUGGGUCGAAUUUGAGCGCAUCGUGAGUCCGAUGAAGCACGACGGCGCCGUCGCGGCGCAGGCGUUCCUGCACGUCCUGGCUUUGGCCACGCGCGGCAUCAUCUCCGUCCGCCAGGACAACAACGCGGACGGUACGCAGGCGUUUGGUGCCAUUCACGUGGGUAUCGAGCUCUCCCUGUCGGGACAGAAUUAA